GCCCUUAUUUCGCGUUAUGAUGUAUGGGAUUUUUCGCUUUUGUCUGAAAUGCACUUCGUGGAGCAAAACGCCGGACGUAUUUGCCGUGCUAUGUUCGAAAUUGCUUUGCGGCGUGGAUGGGCACAAGCUGCCAAUGCCUGUUUCGUCAUGUCUAAAUGUCUGUGCAAACGCAUCUGGCCUUUUCAAACACCUAUUAGGCAGAUGGCUGAUUUCGUGAAAUGGGAAUGGAUUAAAAAAAUAGAGUACCGAAAUUUGUCAUUUUACCAGCUGCUCGAUAUGUCUGCACGAGAACUUGGAUCGAUGCUUUCAUGUGAUGGCCUUCAGUUGUAUAAUGCCAUUCGAAUGUUGCCUGUUAUGAAUAUAGAUGCAAAUGUGAAGCCAAUUACUAAUACAAUAAUCCAGAUAUCUAUAACACUAACUCCUGAUUUCAUUUGGAAUGAAAGGUUGUUGGGCGGUGCGCAAACUUUCUGGAUAUUUGUUGAGAAUAUAAAUGAAAAUUUGAUUUUCCAUCAUGAAGAGAUCAUUCUUCGUCGAAAACAGGUGAUGAUGCGUGAAAAACAAAAUUUUAUUUUCACUAUUCCAAUACACGAUAAGCAGUUAUCAAAUAAUUAUCAGAUUCGCGUUGCCAGCGAUUAUUUUGUUGUGGAUGACACUGUUCUACCAAUUUCUAUGCAUAAUUGCAUACUACCAUCAUCCCAUUAUCCGCACACUGAUCUGUUGGAUUUGGACCCUUUGCCAUUAUCAGUGCUUAAGAAUGAUCUGUAUCAAUCAAUAUAUGAUUUCAAAUAUUUCAAUCCGAUACAAACUCAAGUUUUUUUCUCAUUAUUCCAUAGUGAUGACAAUUUACUUAUUGGUGCUCCAACAGGGUCGGGUAAAACACUUUGUGCUGAACUAGCGAUCUUCCGUUUAAUCAACCAGCAACCUGAAAAAAAAUGUGUUUAUAUUGCGCCUCUGAAAGCUUUAGUACAUGAAAGAGUUAAUGAUUGGAAAAAAAAAUUCGAGCAACAGAUGGGAAUUAGUGUUGUGGAAUUAACAGGUGAUCAUACUCCGGAUGUCAGAAGUUUAAAAACUGCUAUGAUAGUUAUAACCACUCCGGAAAAAUGGGACGGUAUUACUCGUGAGUGGGAAGUGCGUGAAUAUGUUAAACAAAUAGUGUUGCUAAUUAUCGAUGAAGUACAUUUAUUGGGCGUCGAAAGAGGUUCAGUUUUAGAAGCAAUUAUUACGAGAGUAAAAAUGAUGAAAAAAAAACAAGCAAAUGUUGCUAAAUAUCGUAUUUUGGCUUUAUCCACUGCUCUUGCGAAUGCGGGCGAUAUAGCUGAAUGGUUGGAUAUAAAAGAAUAUUGUGUCUACAAUUUCCGUCCUAAUGUGAGGCCUAUACCUGUAGAAGUGCAUAUUGCUGGUUUUUCUGGACAACACUAUUGCCCACGAAUGGCCCUUAUGAAUAAGCCAGCUUUCAAAGCUAUAAAAACAUAUUCUCCUCUCAAACCAGUGUUGAUAUUCGUAUCAUCUCGGCGGCAAACUCGAUUAACAGCUUUGGCAUUAGUAUCGGAAUUGGUUACUGAUGAGGAUCCUCGUCAAUGGCUACACAUAGAUGUGGAAGAGCUUGAAGGAAUAUUAUCAAUGCUGAAAGAUGAAAAUUUGAAAUUAACUUUACCUUUUGGCAUUGGAAUUCAUCAUGCUGGCUUACAACAAUUUGAACGGAAUAUUGUUGAAAAGCUCUUCACGAAUAAAAAAAUUCAAAUUUUGGUUGCUACUGCUACACUUGCAUGGGGGAUAAAUAUGCCUGCUCAUUUGGUUAUCAUCAAAGGAACAGAAUAUUAUGACGGAAAAACUCAAAGAUAUAUUGAUUUUCCUGUAACAGAUGUACUACAAAUGAUUGGCCGUGCCGGUCGGCCUCAGUUCGAUGAUUCUGCUGUGGCGUUAAUUUAUGUACAAGAUGUAAAGAAAGCAUUUUAUAAGCGAUUUUUAUACGAAUCUUUCCCUGUAGAAUCUAGGUAUUCAUUUUUGCAAUUGUAUUUUGUUAGGUUUAAAAGAAUUAUAAUGUAUACUUUUAAUUCAGUUAUUAAUUGCAGUUUAUUGCAAGUUUUGCCAAACCAUGUGAAUGCUGAAAUAAAUGCAGGAACUAUUACUACAAAGCAGCAAUUAAUAGAAUAUAUUUCUUGCACAUAUCUUUACAGGCGAUUUUUUGCUAACCCAAGUUACUAUGCUAUUGAAGAUACAUCACCAGAGGCCCUUUCUCGAUUUCUUAUCGAUCUUGUUGAUCAGACGAUUGAACAACUGAUUCAGUCACAGUGUAUAUACAUAAACGAGGAAGACGAUAAGUUAUUGUCAACACCACUGGGUCGAAUAGCUAGUGUUUACUAUUUACAACAUAAAACUGUUUAUUUUUUCAAAAGCAUUAUGAAUUCUCAUUCAACUAUAGAGGAUCUUCUAAAAAUUUUAUCGAACAACCCAGAAUAUGAAGAAGUCCCAGUUCGACAUAAUGAGGAUAAAGUUAAUUCUGAACUACAACGUUUUUUGCCUAUAAAGCUUGGAGAAGAAGCACAGAUGGAUUCACCACAUACGAAAACUCAUUUUCUUUUCCAAGCCUAUUUUUCUCGAUCAGAGAUCAGUUGUGGAACAAUGCAUUCGGAUGCUUCAGGAAAAUCGCUUGCCAUGCUUGAUAUUGCCGUUCUAUAUAGUUGGUUCUCUGCGUCAGUUAAUAUUGUCAUAUUUAUACAAAUGGUUGUUCAAGCACGUUGGUACCACGAUCAUCCACUUUUAGUUCUCCCUCACUUCGAUACUAAUCUAACGGCGGAAGCGCUACUCCAUUGGCCAGUAGUACAAAUAAAUUCCUGUACAUUGUUUGACGAUUCAAAAAAGUUGAAACUGAAUAUUAAUCAAGAUGAAAGAACGCCUAAAUACAUCAAAACUGCAGGCGGCAAAUUGUAUCGUCUUUCAUUCAUCUUAUACGCUAUUCACCCAUGCAAACAAGACUGGAAAGAAAAGGCUAUUUUUUUAGGCAGGCAAAAUUUCCAGGCUUUAGCAUAUUCUACGAAAUUUCCGAAAGAAAAAACAGCCGGUUGGUUGAUUUUAAUUGGUGAAAAAGAUUCGGACGAAUUAAUUCUAUGUCGGAAAAUCCCAUGGUUUUCGAAAAGAAAGGAAAUACGAUUGGAAUUAAAUAUGCCACAGAAAAGAGGUCGCUGCAUUCUUACAGUUGUUUUCGCUUCAGACAGUUACCUUGGAAUCGACCAGGAAUAUAAUUUGCAUUUUGAAUUAUCAUGA